CAGAAGCCUUAACAAAUACUAACAAGCAACCUUCUACACCAACACCAACUUCAUUUUUGCAUCCUUCUACAUUAACUUCAUUACCUCUACAAUCUUCAAACCUAGAUCCAAGUCCUACCCUUACUUCUAAAAAAAGAUUAUUAAAAGCUAAAGUUGAAUCACUUAAUCUUAAUAUUGAGCAUGAUGAUGAAAUUAUUCAGACUAGUAAUAAUAAUGGUGUGUGGUCCAGUAACAACAAUGAAGAACAAUUCAGCAAUCUAAAUACUUUUAAUGAUAAUGAUUAUAACAAUAUCUUUAAUACUUUGAAUAAUAUAUUUGAUGGAUUGAAUAAUAGCAUGAAUGAUAUUUUUAAUAGACAAAAGGUUACAAACAACAGUUAUUAUCUAAAUGCAUUAAAUAGUAUUGAUCCUAUAGUUAAUUCUGAAACUUUAUAA